CCGACCCAGUUUCGUUCCGCCCGGUCGCCGCACCACCCGCCCCCUCAAACACCGGCGGUGGUCAUGCCGCCUCCGCCUCCUCCGCAACCCCCACCUCCUCCGCCGCCGCCGUCUUCGCCCCCUCCUCUCAGCGCCCACCGCCUCCCUCUCCCGCCCGCCCCGUCCUCUCCCACCUCGCUCCUCCUCGCGCCGGCCCCCUCCCCGUCCCGCGCCUUCGCGCUCCUCUUCCCGGACGCCUCCGCGCGCCUCUUCGCCUCCCUCCCCGCCCCCGCCCCCGCCUCCGCCGCGUCGCCCGCCCCAGCUCCCACACCCGUGCCCUCCCCGCUCGCCGCCGCCGCCUGCUUCGCGCUCCUGCUCCCCUCCUCCCACCUCCUCUUCCUCUCCGCGCACCCGGCCCCCUCCUCCCCCGCGGUCCACCUCCGCGCCUACUCCCUCGCCUCUGCUCGCUUCGCCCCCGCCCCGCUCUCCUUCAAGCGCCACGUCUCGCCCACCGCCCUGCCCCUCCACGGCCUUCCGUUCGGCCUCGGCGUCCGCCUCGCGGGCGGGGUCAACGCCGUGGCGCUUCUCUCCCUGGCCGCCGGCCAGAUCUGGGUGCUUGCACCGAGGAUGGCCGCGGACGGGCGGACGCUUGAGCUGCACAAGUGUGCGGUCAUCCAGCUCGAGCCAACGCGGCCGGUGUAUGCCAUGGAGGUCGCCAUGGGGAGGCUGCUGCUCGGAGAGGCUGGCGGCGUGCGCGUGUUCCCACUGAGGAGUUUGAUGAAGGGUGGGAGGGAGAAGGAGGGGAGAAGGGAGGGUGCCGCGGCAUCAGCAAAGAAGAGCUUGCACAAGAAGAACGGGAUUCUGAAUGGACUGAUUGUGCCGGUUGGGCGUGGUAGUGGCGCCCGAGGUGGUCAAGGAGAUGCUGCUUCCGACUGUAAGCUUACAACCUUGCGGGUAAAACAGAGUUCAGGGAGCUAUUCCUCUUUCUUUUUGGCAUUUAAUCAAGAGGAUCAUAACUCUCAAGGUGGUGUAAAAUUGAUAAAAUCAGUUAAAGCUGUCUCAAUCCAACCUUCUUCCAAGGACAAGUUUCUGGUACUUGAUUCAGCUGGAGUGAUACAUGCCUUCAGUCUUCGAAAUGCUGAGUUGGAACCGGAAGCUGCCAAAACAUGUUUUUUGGAUUGUGCCAUGAAAGUCCAAUUGUUUGCUGUUUCCCCAAGUAGCUCUACGAAGUAUUUGUGCAGAGACACAGAUUCUUUGGGUUUCAGAUGGUGGACAUUCCAUACAAAUAUUGUCAGCAUUGCUGGCAUUUGAUGUCAAGUCUCCUAAAAGUGACGAUGAUGAUAGUGAUGGGGAAAGAGAGUUAGCAAGCAUUAAGCUCUCAGCUACUGAAGCCAUCUUCACUAGUGAAAAGGUUCAAGACAUUGUACCUAUCUCCAAGGAUUCCGUGCUUAUCCUUGGCCAAGGCAACAUGUUUUUAUAUGGAACUGCUUGAAUUUGGCUUGUUAUCAUAUUCGUGGUGGAGACACAGCUGUUGUUUAGAUCAUGAAUGUGCAGUUUUGGAUGGGUUUUUGACCAAUGACAGGUGUUUGCUGAUCUUGAAGACUUACUUGUUCACCUGUUUUUGGAAGUCAUGAGCACCAUUAGUAUUUUAAUUUCAGUAAGCAGAGUAAAACUCAUGACUUGGAUGACAGCCAGCAAGAGUUGAAAGGUGCAGGCCAUUCUAUGCUGUCUCGACUGUCUGAAAGCAACAUUGCAAAACUCCGAGCCAUCUUUCAGCACAGCUCGCCGAUACUUCUGAGCAGGUGAUGCCACAUUAUGCAAUGCAUGGAUUACAUCAACUUGGCUGUUGUCUAUUCACAUUUCUGCACGCCGGGACAAGGGGAUUUCUGGUUGCUAUGGCUGCAAGAAGGGGUGGCUGCAGGCUGCAGCCCUGUGCCCAGGCUCUGCUGUGGUGGAUCACCGCCAAGUGUGGUUGGUUAUGAGACUGCUCCCUGGCGGUGGACUAUGAAGUUGAUCCUACUGCAGCAGGGAGACUGGGCUGUGGAGCUGAGUGUGGUGUGUGCUUUCUUGUAGUAGUUGCCAGGCUCUGGGUGCCUCAGAAACCAAUAAUGUAGCACUAUUUCUGUAAGGUCAGGCCUAAACUGGAACGAUUGGUAAGGUCGUCCAUUUAAUUAUGAUGUGAGCUUUGCUACAGUCUGCUAGUUUGUGGUUGUUGAUGAAUAAUAUCGAGACCCAGUUAUUUGUUUCCUUU